AUGUCCAAGCUGCGUGAUAAUCUUCCAGCUGGAGGAAGACUGGAUGCUGAGCGCGAUCUGACGAACGAUUUCAAAGCCGCCGCUCUGAGCAUAACCAAACUCUACAAAUCCUCACUUGCAGCAAGUGCAUCGGCAUGGUCUGCUGGAUACCAAGCCGCCCUCAGCGAACUCUGGGAGAAGUUUUCUCCCCCAGGCGACCUAGAUCCACCCUUGAUGCUCGAAGAUAUCCGUGAAUGGGCACGGGCAAGGAUGGAUGCAAUCGGUGCCGGGGGAUCGAAUGGGGAGUUGAGUGACGAAGAUCGGGAAAAGGAGCGAGAGCGAGAGCGCGAUGAACGAGGCCUUCCACCCAUUCCCCCAUCAAAGCCUUCGCCCAAACCUGAAGAUGUUCCCGAUAAGACGGCCGCCACCAGCGAGCCUGGACGAGUGCAAAUCUACACAGAUUCCCCCCAGGCUAAUAUCGAUGAUGAGCGACCAUCACUUAUUCGCUCGCCGACUACCUUCGCGCCCACGCGUACUCCGUUCUCGUCCCCAUCCCCUGUCUCUGCUCUCAACCCUCCGACCUCGACGAAAACUAGGUCCCGGCGAUCCCACGCCCUUCGGGAUACAACUGCAAGUAACCCCUUUCCCGCUGCCCCCACAUUCGCACCGGCUUUACCUGGAAUUCCCGAGUUUCCCUUCUUCCCUCCCGCCAUCUUCGAAUCCACCCAGCCUAUUCAGUACGGCACCGGGAUGAAGAGGAGACAUGACAGUGCGGACGAGACCGGAGCAGGUGUGGCUGGAAGAAAGGCUCGAAUGAGAGAGCGUGGUAGCGGAGACUCGAUGGAUAUCGACGGCGAGCGAGACAAGAAGAGGAGACGUUGACGUACAGCAUCGGGGAUUGUUGUUGAGGACUCGUUCGUUGCAACAUGAUUGUCCUUGACUGGCUGUGUUUCUAUUUUUUUUUUCUCUUCGCAUUCUCUCUUUCACGUUCAACACCUCCCGCAUUGUGAUAUCUCAAUCAUCGGUUUUUUCUCAUGCAUGACACGCAUUUUUUUCAUGUCUUGUCUUCGUCUG